AUGGCGAACCGACCAUCAACAGUUUGUUUUCUGCUAAUUAUGAUGGCUUUAGCAUUCGGCCUGGCGCAAGGCAAAGAAAUAUUUCGAUCAUUGGCAAAGCUCCGGAGUUUGGUGACUAUUGAAAAUAAAUUGAUAACAGAUUUAGAUACGCAUAUUCAAGUUUUCAGAGAAUUCAUUGGAACAAGUCGCUUGGUUCAUGCCAAAACAGCAAUGAUUGCGGUAACAGACGACGCUCACGUGACCCAUCCAAUCCACGCAUUCCAUAUGUUGAAGCGUUAUGUUAAAUUUUGGAAAACUUUGACUGAUGAUAUUGACUCCAUCAUUGUACAAGAUCUACACACAUUCUUGACAAAGUACGAUGACCAGUUACCUGAUGAGUCUGAUUUCAGCGGCGCUUGUCUGGCGAUAUUGCGAUUACAGUUAACCUAUGAAAUAUCAACCAGGGACAUGGCAGAUGGAAAAUUCAUACAGAAGACAAAGGCAACAGACCCUGAUAUACCUCCUUCUGGCAUGAGUGUUGACGAUUGUUAUUUGAUUGGUUAUGAAGCCUACAAGGCAAAUGACACACACUAUUGCGUUAAAUGGAUGGAAGAAGGUUUGAGAAGAUACAAAGAAGGUUAUUCUAUUAUGCCAUGGGAAUCGUCCUCUGAAAUUGCAAUGCUCCAAUUGAAAACGGAAUGCUUGUAUAAAGCAGAUAUGUUCAAUAAAGCCUGGAGCCAUUUCCAAGAAUUGUCAAUGUUAGAUCCAAAAAACGAUUAUGUUCUGAAGAAUAGAACAACGUUUGAAGCAAUUGCCAAUACCACUAAUAAUGAGACUGAACGACUAUAUCCACCGAGGACUGUAAAGUUUAAAGACUUCAACGAUUGCUGCAACGGGAAAGUAAACCAUAAGGGCAAUAGUGGAUUGGUAUGUUAUUUAAAACACUACCCGACAUUGGGGUUUCGAGCGUUUGGAGAGGAAGUACUUCAUAUUCAUCCACGACUUGUGUUAAUUCACGGGGUUAUUGACGAUCAUGAAAUAGAUCAACUGAAAAGUGUUGCUGUGCCAAAGCUCAGAGCAUCAACAACAUCGACUAAAUCCAAAGGAUCCAGAAUAACACCCAGCCGAGUUAGCAAUACUGCCUGGUUAGAGGAGACAGAUGAUAAUAUAUUACUUCCUCGAAUAAGCCGAAGACUGGAAGCGAUAACUGGCCUGAAUACUGAGAAUGCUGAACCGUACCAGCUUGUCAACUAUGGGAUUGGUGGUCACUUUAUACCACACAUGGACGUCAAUAAUGCCAACGACACGAUAAAAGCAAGAGUUGCUACCUUAUUGAUAUACCUAACCGAUGUGCAAUACGGAGGGAGUACGGUGUUUGAUGUACUAGGUGUCAAAGUUGAUGCACGAAAAGGAGAUGCAGCGUUUUGGUUUAACCUAAAAAAGUCCGGCGAGUUCGACAAGGACAGUGGACAUGGAAGUUGUCCUGUCCUAUUGGGCGAAAAAUGGAUUAUAAACAAGUGGUUCAACUAUUAUGAUCAGUUUUCAAAGCGAAAGUGUGGAAUGUCAGAAGAUGAAUGA